UAAACAAGAAUAGAGUUGAUGAUUAUGAAUGAAUGAAUGAAAAACUUUGUUAAUAUUUCAAUCUAAAAUCAUGUCUUGUGGUGGAGGGUUAGACGAUAUCGAAGAUAUUGUAAGUAAAGAUGACUUGACUCCGAAUGACAGGAUUUCUGUUAAAAGAGAUAUUUUACCCAAAGCAAGAAAGGGAAGAAGAAUCAUGAAAGAUUUCAAAGAUGAAAAACCAUCUUCUGAUAGCAUCAUUCCAGGGACACAAAAUAUAUAUAUAAAGACGUGGGGUUGUUCACAUAAUAAUAGUGACAGUGAAUAUAUGGCUGGUCAGCUAGCUGCUUAUGGCUACAAAAUUAUAGACAAUCCUGAGAAUGCAGAUCUUUGGCUGCUAAACAGUUGCACGGUAAAAAAUCCUUCAGAGGAUAAUUUUAGAAAUAGCAUCAAGAAGGCAAAAGAAAGUGGCAAGCAUCUUAUCUUAGCUGGAUGUGUUGGACAAGGACAGCCAGGGCAUGAAACAUUGCGUGGACUAAGUAUCAUUGGUGUUCAACAAAUAGACAGAAUCGUAGAAGCAGUAGAAGAGACUUUGAAAGGUCACACUGUUCGAAUAUUAGGGCAGAAGAAAGAAAAUGGUAAAAAAAUUGGUGGUGCAAAGUUAGACUUGCCAAAAAUACGUAAAAAUCCACUAAUUGAAAUAAUUGCUAUUAGCACUGGAUGUCUAAAUCAGUGUACAUACUGUAAGACAAAGCAUGCCAGAGGUGAAUUAGGAAGCUAUUCUCCUGAGGAAAUUGUUGCUCGUGCUAAACAAGCCUUUCAAGAGGGUGUGGUUGAAAUUUGGUUGACAAGUGAAGAUACAGGAGCUUAUGGUAGAGAUAUUGGGUCAUCUUUACCUGAAUUAUUGUGGCAACUUAUUGAGGUGAUUCCUGAAGGAGCAAUGUUGCGGUUAGGCAUGACUAAUCCUCCCUAUAUUCUGGAACAUCUUGAGGAGAUAGCGAAGAUCAUGAAUAGCCCCAGGAUGUAUUCUUUUCUUCACUGCCCAGUACAAAGUGGAUCCGAUAGUGUUUUAGCUGAUAUGAAACGUGAAUACUGCAUUGAUGAUUUUAAACAUGUCGUUCAAUAUCUUCAAGAGAGGGUACCCCAUAUUACAGUAGCAACUGAUGUCAUAUGCGGUUUUCCAACUGAGACUGAACAGGAUUUUGAAGAAACUGUGAAGAUUGUUGAACUUUUUAAAUUUCCCAGUUUAUUUAUUAAUCAAUUUUACCCUCGGCCUGGUACGCCUGCUGCUCGUAUGAAAAGAAUUGACACAGCAAUUGUUAAAGGGAGAACAAGGAGAAUUACAAAACUAUUUAACACUUAUCAACCAUAUGAUCAUAAGUUGGGUGAAAAACAGAAAGUUUUGAUUACAGAAGAAUCUCAUGAUGGCAUUCAUUACGUCUCGCAUAAUAAAAGUUAUGAUCAGGUGUUAGUUCGUAAAGAUGAAGGUGAUUUGAUGGGAAAAAUGGUGGAAGUUGUUAUUACAGAAACUGGAAAGCAUUUCCUGAAAGGAAAAGUUCUUAAGAACAAUCCUGUACAUACACCAAGUAUUGCACCACCUUUUGCUAAAGGUGUUGUCAGUGGUGUCAAACAGAUACCAAAGCCAUUCUCUACGACUUCACUCAAAUCUAAUGUUGAGUUCUGGAUUAAAUCUGCUCUCCUUGUUUUGUUGAUGGCCGUCAUUUUUGAUCUAAUACGAGUUGGAAGGCAUUGGCUUCGAACUUGAUGUGAUGUUUAUGUUGCAAAAAAAUAAAAUCAUAUAAUAAAAUUGUUCUCUUCU